AUUGAAUUGUGUUGACUGUUUUGUUUUCAAUAUUUGCGUCCCAGUGUUAUCUUUCGAAUUAUUAUUAUUAUUAUUACCUAUUAUGUGGUGGAGUUGCUAACACUAUGUUCUUUUAGAAUAUUUACUCGUGUGAUAAAUAAAUCGGCAAACUUUUUAUCACAGCUCUAAUAAUUUGAAAUAAAUUAUCGAGGUUUGCUUACAAUUCACUGAAAAUGAAGUUAUUUAUUCUAAUGACAAGUUUAGGAUUGUGUUGGGCGAGAAUUAUACAUUUUGAAAAUGAUUACCAACCUCAACAAGUUCAUAUUUCCUUUGGAGAUAAAACCAAUGACAUAGUGGUAACAUGGUCCACCUUCAAUGAUACGAAGUCAGAAGUGAAAUAUGGAAAGCAUCAGAUGAAUAAACUUGCUAGUGGCUCCAGCAAGGUGUUUGUUGAUGGUGGCAAGAUGCACAGGAGACAGUGGAUACAUCGCGUACUGCUGCCGAAUUUGGAAUUCAACACACGUUAUAUGUACCGAGCGGGUUCUGAUAAUGGUUGGUCACAAAUGUUCUCGUUCAAAACCCCUCCUGCUGGCGAGGACUGGGUGCUCCGCAUAGCCAUAUAUGGCGACAUGGGCGUCAACAAUUCAAUGUCAUUGCCAUUCCUCAAGGAAGACGUGGCUGAAGAUAAAUAUGAUAUGAUCCUGCACGUGGGUGACUUUGCAUACGACAUGAACGAGGAGGAGGGCCGCGUCGGUGACCGGUUCAUGAACAUGAUCGAGCCGAUUGCCGCUCGGGUGCCCUACAUGACGUGCCCGGGGAACCACGAAAGUGCCUAUAACUUCACACACUACUCACAUCGUUUCACGAUGCCUGGCGAGGAAUCGAAUCUCUACUACAGCUUCGACGUAGGACCAAUCCACUUUGUCUCUAUCUCAACCGAGGUGUAUUACUUCACACAGUACGGGCUCAAGCUGAUCAGUAACCAGUAUGAGUGGUUGAAAAAAGACUUGGCUAAGGCCAAUUCUGAUGCUAACAGAAAGAGUCGCCCUUGGAUAAUAUUAUUUGGACACCGUCCGAUGUAUUGCAGCAACUCUAAUGACAUUGACUGCAGCCUAGAAUACACCAGGAAAGGUCUGCUUGGACUGUAUGGUUUGGAACCUCUAUUGAAGGAGUUUGGUGUAGAUCUAGUGAUUUGGGCUCAUGAGCACUCGUACGAACGGACUUGGCCGCUCUACGACAACCGUGUUUACAACGGCUCCUACCUUCAGCCAUACGUGAAUCCAAGGGCUCCGGUACAUAUUAUAACAGGCUCGGCAGGCUGCAGGGAGGGAACUGAUCCAUUUGAAAAGCCUGCCCUGCCAUGGUCGGCGUAUAGAUCUAGCGAGUACGGUUACACCAAGUUCAAUGCCUACAAUAAGACCCAUAUUCAUGUGGAACAGGUGGACGUGGAGAAUCCUAUAGACUCUCGCAACCCGCGUGUCAUCGACCAGUUCUGGCUGAUCAAACACCUGCAUCAACCAUAUUAUGAUCUUUGAAUAUUUACAUUUUCAUACAUUUCAUAAUCGAUCCCUUUAUAUUUAGUAUGUUAAUAAUUUGAUCGUUUAUUAAUGUGUAAGCUCAUUUUUAUAUGAAAUUGACAUUAAAUGUCAACAAUAGAUAUUGAUUAUCAAGAAACAUGAUUUUUUUUGUUAGUAGAGUUAUUAUGUUAAUCUAUGGUAAUAGUUUUUUUUUUAAAACAAGGAGUACAUGUUUACUUCUCUCUUUUUUUUUAAUAGAUGAUAAUUGAAGGUUUCUCCACCUGUAUUAUUGAUUUACCAAUGUAGGAUGACAAAAAUUGAUAGUCAGGUCAGUGGGACAUAGUGAUUAAUUCACCAGAUAUUAAGCAUGGCGGGCAUGACUUAGUGGGCCGCUAGAUGUAGUCACUAACGAUUCAGCCCAAAUUUCAUAGUACCUAUGUUAAACUUGUUCAUAUUGGAGUAAGGUUAAGUAUCUAAAGUUUUUUUUGUGAAAAAAUCAAAUAUUUUAUUAAUAAGAUCUGGAAAUUAGUUUAAUUUGUGACUGUUCAUAUAUGAUGGUACUUCAAGUUAAUGAUUUUUUUAAUUAUCUUGUAGUUAUGUUUACUCUUGGAAAACCAAAGAUUAGUGAUUAUAUAAGUAAAUAUAUUAGUCUUGAAAUUUUUUUUUGUUAAUGAGUAAAAUGCCAAUUAUUACUCAAGCUAGUAAAACGAAUUAUUGUCUGAUUGUAAAAUGGAAAUUAUAUAAUAUCGAUUGUAAUUAAUAUCUUUUUGAUAUAAUAAAUUAUUGGUGAUCAA